AUCACAUUAGUACAUGUACAUACAAUACAUAAAAUCAAGUUGAAGCCUCGGCCAAACCUGUGGCUAGUGUAACUAUGUGGCUAUUCAGGCACAGACAUGCCACGCUUAUCGAUUACAUACGUAACUAUCUGAAUAGCUAUCUUAUCUUAUCACCCGUCCAUAUUUUUCCGGCCGGCUCCAGAAAAAAAAGUGCGGGAACCAUUAGCAAAAAAAAAAAAAAAAAGAAGAAUUCUCUUAAAGCUUUCCAAUUCGCAAAGUCGCGAAAAACGUGAUUAAACGGCCAAUACACCCCCCCAAGUCAACGAACACAACAUAUGUUAAUAAGCCCACCUUGAACCCGCCCAAUUGACCUCUCUCCUCAGAAGUUUCAAAAAUAAAAAUGUCGAGAGGAGCGCCGCGUGGACGAGGCGGCUUCGGUGGUGGUGGUGGCUAUGGCGGAGGUGGUGGUUUUGGAGGUGGUAGAGGCGGUGGUCGAGGAGGCGGCCGCGGCGGCUUCGGACAACGAGACUUCGGCCCGCCGGACACGAUCUUGGAGCUAGGCAGCUUCCUGCACGCGUGUGAGGGGGAGAUGGUUUGCGAGAGCUCCAACCCCAAAGUGCCGCACUUCAACGCGCAGAUCUUCCUCGAGAACAAGACCGCCGUCGGCAAGGUCGACGAGGUCCUCGGCCCCAUCAACCAGGUCUACUUCACCAUCAAGCCCUCCGAGGGCAUCCAGCCCGCCUCCUUCAAGCCUGGCGACAAGUUCUUCAUCGGCUCCGAGAAGCUCCUCCCCCUCGAGAAGUUCCUGCCCCGACCUAAGCCCCCGCCAGGUGCCCCCAAGGUCAAGAAGCCCAGCCGUGGUGGUGCUGGUGGUGGCCGUGGCUUUAGCAGAGGUGGCCCGAUACGAGGCGGUCGUGGAAUGGGUCGUGGUGGCCCGCCAAGAGGAGGCAGAGGCGGUUUCGGUGGAAGUAGCUUCGGCGGUGGCAGAGGAGGUAGCGGUGGUGGCCGUGGAGGCGGUGGCUUCAGCCGUGGUGGCAGCAGUGGAGGAGGCAGAGGCCGAGGUGGUUUCAGCCGCGGAGGUGGAGGCCGAUAUUAAAGGGAUGGUUCUCUGGACCCCAAGCAGAACAAACAGGGAAAAAGAAAAAAGUAAAAACCAAAAGGGAGACAUACCCUACCCUACCCUAUCCUAUCCUCUCGACAUCUUCUUGUCUUCUAAGAAGAAGCUGACCUCCCACCCCUCUCUCCCGUCAUGGAGACUCUGAAGACUUGAAAGUCGAAUCCCUUCCUCGGCGUGGCGUUCCCCCCCCCCC